UGUAAAGAUUAAACCCAGAUUAGCAAAUGUGCUUGUGUUGCACGUGGUUAAUCUCCGAAGCCACAAAUUGAAGGAUCUUGGACAAGGGCAGCCAUAAUGAGACUGAACACUUUAGUAUAACUUUUAACAAAAAGAUUUCAUAUUAGUAAUAAUAAACAAUGUUGCAUAAAAAUCUCAAAAUAUCGGAUAAACAGAAAUACAAUAGAGUAGAAUAAAACGAGCUGUACAAAAUGAAUGCUAGAGGGAACAAUAAAAAACUGCAAUAGAAUAUUUCAUUUUGUGUUUUAUGAAUGUGGUACGCAUGUGUUUAAAUUUUAAAAAUAUUUUCCAUCAAAAAUAAAAAACUGCAGUAGAAUUUCAUUUUGCGUUUUAAUAAUGAAUCUGGUACGCAUGCGUUUAAAUUUUAAGUGUUUUCCAUUUAAAAAAAACACUGCAAUAAAAUAUUUUAUUUUACGUUUUAAUUAUGCAUCUGUUAUGCAUGUUUAAAUUUUCAAAAAGUAUUUUCCAUUAAAAAAAGUAUUAGAAUAUUUUAUUUUGCAUUUUAAUUAUGCAUCUGGUCAGCAUACGUUUAAAUUUCAAAAAAGUAUUUUCCAUCCCAAAAUAAACUGCAAUAGAAUAUUCCAUUUUGCGUUUUAAUUAUAAAUCUGGUAUGCAUAUGUUUAAUUUUAAAGUAUUUUCCACCUAAAAAAUUAGCUACCUCAAAUUGUUUUGAAUGAACAAACUAAAAUGGUAAAAAUUAUUAUUUAUUUAAAUCACUUAUGUGGAGAUUUAGAACGCCUCUUGAUGGAAACACGGAAAAGUUGCAGAGGAACACACGGGAGGCAAAGUGAACGGUUGGGACUCGCCACCACUUGGCACGACGGCCCUCGUGGAGAACAUCCAAGCGCUCGCAUUCCUGCCCUUCUGGGGUGGCCCGAAAACGGUCGUCGGCGUACAGAUUGCGGCCGGGGAGGCGGGAUGCAAGGAAGUGGAGGAGGAGGAGGAGAAAAAAAACAAAAAAAACAAAACGAACCACCCUCCUCUCCCCUUCAUGAGUCCCAUUCAGUUUCCCGAGAGCUCCGGCAGGAGAGGCUCGGAACACACGGAGCUGUCCGCAAUUGAGCAUCAAAAUGGCAACCGUGCACUUUUUGCUGCUUUUGGCCGCUACGGGGGGCCGCCACCGGGUCUCCGGAGGCUGCCUGGGUAAGUGCUGCAGCGGGCGGGACAUGAGCUGCACCUCCACCGACUGGAGGAUGGACCGAGCUCACGGGACGUGCUACUGCGACCGCGGCUGCGCCGCCACCCGCGACUGCUGCUUCGACUACUUCUCCCACUGCCCAGCUCAGGCGUGUUCCGUGAACGCUUGGAGUUUGUGGAGCGGCUGCGCGGAGCCGUGCCGGCCCUCCCGGCGGGCGAGGGUGAGGCAGGUCGCCGAGCGGCCCAACGACGGCGGCGAGCCCUGCCCGGCCCUACGAGAGGAGGCCGGCUGCAUGGACUACCGAGACCGCCGGGGAAGCCCAUGUGGACUUGACGCAGGGCCUGCGUUCAUCACCAGCCUGGAGUUUGGCAAGGCGAGACCACUGAGGGACCCCUACGGGAAACCUCUGGAUGCAGAGUUCUGCGUGGAAUUCUCCCUGGAGUCACGCUCCCCUCACUGUGCGGCGGAGAACCGGCCGCACACGCGCUGGAUGCGGUAUUUCGCCGAAGGCUUCACGGUGUGCGUAGCGUGCCAGCCCCCCGCCGUGCGCAACCGCAGCGGCGGUUGCCAAGGAGACGGCCGGGAAACGGACAGGGAUGCCGUGCUGCAGUGGCAGGCAGUGGGCAACCCCCGCUGCGGCGGCACGUGGCGCAGGAUCCGCAAAACGCAAAAGUGCAACUGUCCGCCGCAGCACAGCUUUGUCUUCAUCUGAACUCUUCCAAG